CUCACACUUCACUAGGGAAUGAGCACUGUCACUCGGACGGGAUCAUUACCAACGAUUCACUUAUACCAUUGCAGAUAAUUUGAUUAAUUUCAAUUAUUUUGCAGGAAGACCACCCGAGGAGUUUGUACCGUCGAUCUGUCCUGAAUCUGCGCUGACAAGAACUAUGACUUCUGUAAGAAGCCCGUACUGUGCGACAGGUUCUCAACAGGGCAGGGGUUACCCUCCUCGGGAGCUGCGGAUGGUUUUGGUGGGGAAGACAGGAUCAGGGAAGAGUGAAACAGGCAACACAAUUCUGGGUGAGACGCGGUUUGAGUCUAACCUGAGCAUGGACUCAGUGACUUGUGUCUGUGAGAAGGCUCAGGGGAUGGUGCUGGGGCGAAGAGUGACAGUGGUAGACACGCCCGGCCUGUUUGAUACCUCACUCUCCCAGCAGGCUGUGCAGGAUGAAAUCCUGCGAUGCAUGGCCAUGUCUGCUCCGGGGCCCCAUGCCAUACUCCUGGUGCUGCAGAUCGGCCGUUUCACCCAGGAAGAGCAGCAGAGCGUGGAGAUCAUCCAGACCAUCUUCCAGAGUGAUGCUGCCCGAUACACCAUCCUUAUCUUCACCCAUGCGGACAAGCUGAAGAAAGCCUCUUUCCACGACUUCAUCUCCAAGCAGGGUGAAACAAUUCAGAACCUGGUGAAGCGAUUUGACAGGAGGAUCCUGCCCUUCAACAACGAGGACAAACAGGAUCCCGGCCAGGUGGCCAACCUGCUGGAGAUGAUCGACUGCAUGCUUGCACAGAGAAAGAGCCCCUAUUUUACCAAUGAGGCCUUCCAGAAAAUGGAGCAGGCCCUUGUAGUCUUCCAGCAGGAAGAACUGGAGGGAAAACGGGAAGAAAUAGAAAGGGAGAAGAGGUGUGCCAUUGCAAAGUUGGAGGCAGACUGGGAAAACUUCUCCACCGAGAUGAGCAAUGAGGAACAAAAGAAUGAGCGGAAGAAGAGACUCAUUGAGCGGAACAUAGAAAUGAUGAGUGAGAAAAGGGCAGAAGUGGAGAAACAGCUCAAGGUGGAGACCGAGAAGCUGAAACAGCUGCAACAGCUGGAGAAUACCAGGAGACAGAGAGAGAAUGAGUACAAGAAGAAGAUCAAACGGGUGGAGAAGGAGAUCGAUGACAGAUACUCUAUGAUUGCCCUGCGGGAUGCAGAGAGCUCCGAUGCCUUCCUCCGUAUGCAUGCAUGGUGGAUUUUGGGAGCAGCCGCCAGUGCGAUCUGGGCAGCCAUGUCUGCAGCAGCAGCAGCAGCAGCAGCUCAGUGCUCUAUUCAGUGA